AUGAACUCAGUGAUCAUAAAACUGCGGGUCCCAACAAGGCAAAAUGACGCCCUUCAAGGACACAAAGAGAAGCUUCAAAUUAAAAAACGGCAAACGGUGCAAAGGAUAAAAUCAGAGUGUUGUCCUACAGUGCCUUCGGUUUCAAGUGUUAGAAAUGGUUGCAGUACAAACAGCACCCACUCAAGGCAAAAGUCCAUUACUCGGGCAAUCCUGCGCAUGAUUGCAGAGGAUAUGCUGCCCCUGAACUUUGUGGAAGGUGCUGGUUUCCGUAACCUCAUGACUAUAGUGGAGCCUCGGUAUCCUCACUUAUCACAGCGCACUAUUGGACUUAAGCUUUAUGACCAAGUAGAAAAGAUAUUUAAGCCAAGUGUGAUCAAGGAACUGAAGAAGUGUAUGUCAUAUGAGGUGGCAGAUGCUGUUAUCCACACUACAGUUGAUGUUUGGUCAAGCAGAAAAAAAGAUCAGAUUAUUGGUGUUCGUUUGCAUUAUUUUGAUGAUGAAUGGAAUAUCCGUCAUCCUACUGUGGCAGUCCGCCAUGUGUGCAGGAAAAAUGUGAAUACUGCAGUUGCCCAAGAGCUAGAGUCUGUAUUCCUAAGCUAUGGUUUGUUUCCUCAGAACAUUGGCUAUGUGGUCAUGGGAGACGCUAAGAAUGCCAUAGCCGAACAUGACUUGUUUUGUGACUAUCGUGUGAUUUGUUCUGGCUGGAGUAAUAAUCCUGUUGAGGAAGAAGUUAUAAACUUCCUGAAUGAUGUUCUUCCCCCUGAAGAUGAGUUUUUGGACAUCCGCAUUGGUACCCAUUUGUGCUGCUUUACAUAUAUUCUGCACUUGAUUAUUAAAGAUGCCUUAAAAGCUUCACGUGCAGUGCAACAUGUGCUUAGCCAGAUGUAUAAUAUGGCAUCGUUCUUUUGCCGCAGUGCCUAUUGGAUAGAGAUUCUGGCCAGUGAAUGUGAUUUGACCUUGGCACUUCCCAGCAGUGAGCAAAACUGCUGCUGGAAUUUUACUUUUGACACUGUUCGUAAGCUGGCGCACGAACCUGUUUGGAAAGCAGUCAUGAAGCUAGUAAGCCAAGCUCACAUAAAAGCUAAAGAUGCUUCCACUGUUCCACCUGUAGUAAGAGCCAAACGAGAGCAAGUGCUAGAUGUCAUUGGCUUGCUGGAACCUUUUGAAGAAGCCACCCGUGUUCUACAAACAGAAGGGGUCACCUUUUCUCUUAUUAUACCUUCACUGAUUAAAUUAGAUAAGGCACUGGAGAAUAGAGAGACACAAUUUUCAUCUUUUUGCAGAGCACUUCGUGCAGGUCUGCAGAGCAAGUUUCAAGCACUUCUGCAGCACAGAGACCUCAUUUUGGCCACAGUUCUGGAUCCCAGAUUCAAGCUACAGCCAUUUGAACAACCUAUGCAGGAAAAUGGCACUAGUUUUCUUGUUGUUUGCUCCAUAUGUAAGGCCAAGGCAAUAGUGGAGUCUGCUAUUAGGGAUUCCGAAUUUAGAGGGUCUAAGGAUGACGACACAAAGCAAGAUAUUACUGAGGAUGUUGGAGACAAUCCAACUGUAGCUAACAAUUUCUGCACUAAUCGAAAACGCAAGCCGAGGGCAUAUUUUUUCCAGCCAUGUGCUAAAACAUUUAAAAUGUCAGAGUUGGAUGUAUAUCUUAAUGAGGGCCUGCUAGAUUGUGACACCUCCCCUCAGAGUUUCUGGAGAGAUGAGACCAGAUUUCCACAACUGCGGAACAUUGCCAGAAAACUGUUGGCCAUUCCCGCAACUUCAGGGGGAUUUAAGCGACUUUUCCCCAUUGCUGGUUGUAUUACACGAGCUCAUAAAAAUAAGCUGCCACCUCACACUACUGAGAGGCUGAUUCUGCUUAGAGAGGCUGUUAGGUGUGGAGAGCACUAAGGAUGGAGGACAUAAAAUAUUUUAUGUUAAUAUGCCUGCUACUAUCCAAGAAAAAUCAAUCCUAAAUCGGUCAUUUCAAUUGAAGAUGCAGACUAAACUAUAUUAAUGCUUCUGUAUACUUGUUUCUGUUUUUGUGUGUGACUCUACUGAAAUGUAUAUAGUUUUCAGAGUAAACUUUAGUAACCUGUUGCCACAACAUACAUUUUUUUCUGUGUGUUACAUAAUAAAAAGCAAGUAAAGGAUUCAAAAGUGUAUGUUUUGAGGCACAAGUCUGUUCUCGUCUCUAGUUAUUAAUUGAAGUUA